AGGUAAUCCUGAAUGCGUUGGUUAGUCCCAAUCGUGUGCGUUUAUAUAACAGCUGCAGUUGCGCUAACACCGGCAGAAAGGAGAGCACUUAUUCCGACUUCCUUGAGGAAAAAAUUAUGCGAACGCACAGGAAGAAGCGACAUCUGCGAUUUUCGAGAGGAUAAAAACAUUAUCACUGAAGAAGAAGACUCAAAGUGGUCAAUUUGCAAAUAUCAUCCUGAGAUGCAGUUCUGCAAGUGGGAUCCACUACACAGUCCCGGGAUCCCACAAGUUCCAGUCGAUCUUGAAACUACAACUAUGCAUUGGAAGCCAGCGGAGACGCCAUUUGUGUCCAAGACAAACUUUGACACUCCCACCGUCAUCAAAUCCCCAAUCUACAUAAAAUCGGCAGAGAAGACAGCACCAACAAUUGCUCCUAUGAGCGGAUCUUCUAUGAGUCAAGAAGACAAAUCUCGAUAUGAUGGAAAGCUAAGCAUCGAACGCGUGGGAUCAGCGCCAACUCGUACCGCCAAUCCACCUGAAGAAGAUGACUUCAGCGAUAAAAUUAUGGAUAUGAAAGAAGAUGUUUUUGAAUGAGAAAGUUUUCUAAAAGUCAAUGCAAUUUGGAACCUUCAACUUUCUCAAGUGGCUCUUGAUCGUUUUUUUUCUGUCUCCUUUUCUCGUAAAGUUAUGUGUUUCACUGUCUAAGAGUACCGGUUUUCCCUCACACCCACCCACCUUCAUUUUCUGAC